AGCUUAGAGUCGUAUAAUAUCUGCGUUAUAUCGUGAAAUCAUCUCAACUCGCCCUCUCGUGCUCAUCAGUCAUGGCCGAUCCUGUCGCAGCAAAAUCCGGCUUCCUGUGCAUGUACAUGUCCAAUCAUCCGGAUACCCUAGUCUCCUACGCGAAGCACUGGGCAAAGUCGAAGCAGACUAUCACACAUGCGCAGAUGACAUCCAUUGACACCAAGGGCAUGACCUUGUCGUGCAAGACGAAAGAAGGCGGAGACUCGAAAUUGGAUAUUCGAGUACCGUUUGACCCGCCCUUGGCAGGGUAUGAAGAGGUCAAACCUAGGUUACUCGCCAUGAAAGUCGAUGCGGAGCAGGCACUGGGCAUGACCCGCAACCCGCAAAUUAGCACCUUCGAACCCCCGCGCGAUUGGGUAUACACCGCACCACCCAUCCUCCUCCUCUACUAUACCAUGUUCGCCCCCGCCGGUGCCGGGCCCGUGUGGGAGCCCGGAUUCCGGCUGCGCCAACUCGUCGGUGGCGACUCGGUGGUGAGGGGCUUCUGGAUCUUCAUGGUCACUGUGCACGCACUCGAGAGCCUGUACACGCUUAGCCUGUGCAGGCGACACCGGACGGGCUUCGUCGUUGGCGCGCAAUACGUGCUGUACACCCUCGUGUUCGGGUUCCCUGGAUGGAGGGACUUGAGAAAGCGCAUUCAGGCGGCGAGGAUAGAAUCGAUCAUGAAGGGCGAAUGAUAUCGGAACUGAGCUUGCGAAGGUAUUGGAUGUUGGCUUUCGUCCGCGAAUGCUCUCGUUGUAUUUCAUCCAAAUUUUAACACUC